AUACAUAUUAAAUCGUUGUCAUUAGUGCGUAUGUGUUGAGAAAUCGGGCUGAACAGCGGCAGAGGUCAACCAACAAAACAUCAGACUUAAGUUUUUGCCCACAGCUAAAUUCGAUCGAUCGUACAUGUGCUCGCACUGAGUUGACUUAAGUCAACCCAUACUUAAUUUAACUAAUCAAGGAAACUAGUUUUAGUGAAUGUAACAAUAUGGGUCUUUGGAUUUUAUCACAGGUACUUCAAAGAAGGUCCAAUGUUGGCUUGGCCUUUGCAAGGAGAUGGAAUUCCUCGAGUACGAGGAGGAUAGAUAAAGUUCUUGUAGCGAAUCGUGGUGAGAUAGCAUGUCGUGUUAUGAGGACUGCCAAACGUUUAGGCGUAAGGUCUGUGGCUGUUUAUAGUGAUGUCGAUGAAAAUUCGUUACAUGUGUCUAUGGCCGACGAAGCCUAUAACAUUGGGCCUGCUGCUGCGUCGCAAAGCUAUCUCAGAGGGGAUAAAAUUUUGGAAAUUGCAAAGCUUACACAAGCUCAAGCUGUGCAUCCUGGCUAUGGGUUCUUAUCGGAGAACGUAGAGUUUGCGGAGCAAUGUCAAAAGGAAGGAGUUAUCUUCAUUGGACCUCCGGCAUCUGCUAUCAGGGAUAUGGGAAUCAAAAGUACAUCGAAGGCUAUAAUGUCGGCUGCAGGAGUACCUAUUAUCGAAGGUUAUCACAGCGAAGAUCAGAGCGAGGAGACACUAAGGGCUGAAGCUAAAAAAAUAGGAUAUCCCGUGAUGAUUAAAGCUGUCAGAGGUGGUGGUGGAAAGGGUAUGAGAAUUGCAAUGAACGAGGAGGAAUUCGGGGAAUCUUUAGAUUCGGCCAGAAGAGAAGCUCAGAAAGCUUUUGGAGAUCAGGUCGUUCUUUUGGAGAAGUUCGUCGGAGAACCUAGACACGUAGAAGUGCAAGUCUUCGCCGAUAUGCAUGGAAACGCUGUGCAUUUAUUCGAAAGAGAUUGCUCCGUGCAGCGUCGUCAUCAGAAAGUCAUCGAAGAAGCUCCAGCACCAGGAUUAUCAAGCGAAUUAAGAGCUGAAUUGGGCGCUGCAGCUGUGAGAGCCGCCAAAGCCGUUGGUUACGUUGGCGCUGGAACAGUUGAAUUCAUCUUGGACAGGCAUUCGCACAGCUUCCACUUUAUGGAGAUGAAUACCAGGCUUCAAGUAGAACAUCCAAUUACUGAAAUGAUUACAAACACUGAUUUGGUUGAAUGGCAAUUGAAGAUUGCUUCUGGUGAAAAGUUACCGGUAACGCAAGAGGAUAUAAAAAUGCACGGACAUGCAUUCGAGGCUAGAAUUUACGCUGAAGAUCCGCGCGGAGGAUUUUUGCCUGGAGCUGGGCCUCUGAAGCAUCUAUCUACACCGACACCCGCUGAAACAAUAAGAAUUGAAACUGGAGUAAGGCAAGGCGAUGAGGUUUCCGUUCAUUAUGACCCUAUGAUUGCUAAACUUGUAGUUUGGGGCGAGGAUCGUGCCGAAGCUUUAACGAAGUUGCAAGCCAAUCUCUGUGAUUACAAUAUUGCAGGAUUGGAAACUAACGUGAAUUUCCUGCUGGAUCUCUCCAGGCAUCCCGAAUUCAUGGCUGGAAACGUGCAUACCAAUUUCAUCAGGGAUUACAAUGAUUCUUUGUUCAGAGAUGAAGUUGUCAUGGAAGAACAACUGGUGCAAGGUGCCAUUGCCACUGUUUUGACCGAAGAAAUGGAGGAGGUGACUUCCGCAAUCGAAAAAGCCGAUCACUACAAUCCGUUCGUGGUGGAAUCCGGUUUCAGGCCUAAUUAUGAACUAGUCAAGGACAUCAAAUUGAAAUAUAAAGAUCAAGAUGUUCUUGUACAAGUUAAGUUCCUCGAAGGUAACGAAUACCACGUAAGCGUCGAUGGAAACGAUUGGCUCAGAGUAACUGGUGAAAUAAUCAAUGAAGGUGACGCUACGAUCUUGAGAUGUAAUAUUGAUGGUGCUAUAAGUAACGUUAAGAUUUACAAAAACGACGAAAUUAUUGUGAUUUAUGAUCAGGACGGCAAGUGCCAAUUCUCUUUCGAAGUCCCGACAUUCCUAAAUGCCGAAGACGAUGGUUCCUCUGGUUCUGCGGCGAACAGAGCUGUCGCACCGAUGCCUGGAGUUUUGGACAAGGUUCUUGUGAACGCAGGAGAUGUCGUGAAGAAAGGUGACCCGCUGUUCGUUCUUAUUGCCAUGAAAAUGGAGCACGUGGUUAAAGCGAAUCGCGACGGGAAAAUCUCAACUGUUUCCUAUAAAGUCGGAGACAACGUUCCCAAAGAUGCAGCUAUUGUUCAAUUCGAAGUCACAGAAGAGUGAACCGAUCAAAAUCACCUGAAUGCAUUUAAUAUUUUGUAUUAAUUAAUUUGCUAAGAGAAAGAUAAAUAUAUUAUUGAUGGUUG